AUGCUCCUCGGCACCCUGAACCGCGGCGUGCAGCAGCGCUGCGCCUCCGUCAGCCUGCCGCUCUCGAAAGCCGGCCUGGAGCUCGCCCGCACCCUCAAGACGCUCGGCGUGGUGAGUGACGUCACCGUCUUCCAGAAGCUGGCCCGCCUCAAGGGCGGCCACCACCGCGUGUGGCCGCCAGGCGUGCAGCCCGCCACGUCCACCGACUGCGCCGGCUACCCGGCCAUGUACCUGCGCCUCGCCCUCCAGUGGCAGCGCGGCGCGGCCGCGUUCGCCGCGCCGGGCGGCCUGAGCGCGCUGACCGCACCGAUCACGUUCAACGCGCCGACGCCCGAGACGGUCAAGAUCAUCUCCAAGCCGACGGCGCAGCGCCACGUGGACCUGCGGCAGCUGAUUUCCGCGCGCAGGGCCGCGCCCCCUGGAGUGUUCCUGCUGUCCACGCCGCAGGGGCUCGUGACCGACGUCGAGGCCGAGUUGCGCGGCACCGGCGGCAUCCUGCUGGCGCACCUGGGCCUGCCGCUGCCGCACGUGCUGCGCGUGCGCGGCGCGCUGCGCCAGAAGCACCUGGCGGAGCAAGCGGCGGCGGCGGCGGCGGCCGCGGAGGGCCGCGCGGCGCCGCCGCGCGUGCCGCUCGCUGCGUGGGACAUGGCCGGGCACGUCGCGGCGCGGGUGGUGCCGCGGCUGUAUGGGGAAGAGGCGGAGCGGCAGGCGGGAGCGUUGCUUGACGCGGUUGAGGAGCAGAGCGAGGGGCAGGCGGACGUGGUGAAUCAGAUGAAGAAGCAGCUGCAGCAGCUCGCACUGGAAGAGGCCGCCUGGCGCGCGCACGGCGAGCAGGGGGGCGACGGCGGCGGCGGCGACGGCAGAGGCGGCAGCAGCGGCAGCGGCUGGCGGGAAGUGGGCGGCGCGCGGGGCGACAGGCGGCUGCCGCCGCCGAGGUCUGACGGCGGGCGGCGGCCGCGGCGCUAUUGA